AUGAAUGCAUCAUUUUCAAGAGUAAACAAAACUUGGCUCCGAGCCAUUCAAAGUCUCCAAAAUUAUUGGAAAGAUUUAUGCCAUAAUUUGUUAAAAUUCGAUCCGCGAUGGCUUAAAUCAACUGUUCAUAAUGAUGAUAACAAAUCCAAUGUUUGUUGGUUGCAAGUUUUUUCCUUCUUAAUUUCUCAAAUUCCAAAGAAAAUUUGCUAUGGAACGAGAGAUAAGAGUAAUCAACAAAUGGAAGAAUUGAAAGUUGAAAAAUUGGAUGCUUCUUGUUAUGGAAAUAUUGAUUUGUUGGUAAGAUGGGAAUCACCUUUUGAUGAUUCAAGAUUUGUAGAGUAUCCAGAUGUCGUUGAUUUUGAUUUGCAGGAAUCAGUUUCGUUUUACAAGUUUGGAUUUGAUUUGAGAAGAGAAAUUAUUGAUAGGUAUAAAAUGGAAGAAUCUCUUAUUCAAAUCAAAUUACAGAAAUUGUUCGCAUGUUGUUUGAUGUAUGAAUUUUUAUCAAUUGGAAACUAUGUCCCUAACUUGUUUCAGGACAAGAUUCGAAUAAUUCCGUCUAUACAAAUUGCUCUUAUCAGAAAUAAGUCAUUCACAUGUCCAUUUCCAUACCUAAUUCUUGGAUUAUUGAACGAUGGAAUCAGAGAUUAUUCCCUCUCUCAAGAAUUAACCAAGCAUGUUGUUAAUUCAAUUGAAAAUGAGGAAUUAUUCGGAAGUUUCUUAGAUAAUACGUCUGGAGAAAAGAUUAAGGAAGCAAUUAAUUGUGGAGAAAGAGCAGUUCAGUUUGAAAUAACUCCAAAUACGCUUAAUCCUAUUGACUAUUGGUUAUCAUUGAAAACAUUCGAUGAAAUGGUUUCAAAUGUAGAGUGGAAUGAUAACUUUGAAAUGAAUUGUGGUAUUGCAGGAGAUGGAGAAAUAUUCGCAUUAUAUUACAAUGCAGGAGGUGGAAUUACGGAUAGUACUACAAUUAAUGUGAGCAUUGAUGGGAAUGAUGGAUCAUUGGUGAAAGUUGUCAGAAAUGAAGCAAGAAAAUAUUGGUGA